CACAUACAGCCAGUGAUUCCUUAUAAAUAUCGUAGAAAAAACGCGUUAUACAUCCCACAAUCUCAAAUCCCUCAACUGUAACCGUAUCACCUCGCAAUCAACUCAUACUCAACAUGGCGUUCGCAGACGCUAACCGCAAGUACUUCGACUCGAUAUCGGAGUCCUACGACAGCAAACCAUGGUUCGCCAAGAUGAACGUCCUAACCGCCGACGCCUGGCGUUCUGAACUGACAUGGAUUGGCAUCCCGUUUGCCAACGAGUCAGGUGGGAAAGAAGUGAGGUUAUUGGAUUAUGCAUGUGGUACAGGAAUGAUGACGCGGGCAUUUGGUCCCUACGUCACCAAAACGCAGGGCAUCGACAUCUCCCCCAACAUGGCGACUACGUACAACUCUCGCGCUCGCUCCGCCGGUGUCCCUGAAUCCGUUGUCUAUGCCGUAGCUGGUGAUUUGUUCGACAAGUCGAAUCCUAAUCCGAAAGAGCUGUCAGGACCCGAGUGGCAGAACUUCGACCUAGCUACUGUGGGGUUCGGGUUCCAUCACUUUGAGGAUGUGGUGUUUGCUGCAACGCAGCUGAAAGAGCGGUUGAGACCGGGUGGUGUGUUGGUUAUCAAUGAUUUCCUCGAGGGUGCGGAUUAUUUGGCGGAUGAGGAGGGGAACAUGGUUCCUGCGAGUGCAGGUAAUCAUAUGACACAUGAUCAUGGACACAAGCAUAGCCAUGGGCAUGGGCAUGGACACGAACACAAUCAUGAACACGGACACGGACAAGAGCAUAAACACUCCCACGAUCAUGACAACGAGAAGCACGACGUCAACGACACAAGCCCACAGUUUAUCGAGAAGAUGAACAAAUCCAUCGUGGUUCCACACUUUACAAUCGACGGCGUGAAAGAGUUCUUCACCAAAGCUGGGUUUGUGGAUGUGGACGUCAAGGCUGGGGAGGAGAAGGCGUAUAUGGAGUUUGCAGGCAAGAAGGGCUGGCGCACGGUACUGUUUGCCAAGGGGAGAAGGCCUGUAGAGGAGAAGAGCGAGCUAUAGGGCUGAGAUUCAAGGCAGUGUAUGAAGCAUUCAACGAGGAGUGCAAGACAGGGUGUAAGAUUCAUGUUUUACAGGAUGGUAUUGGGGGUUGUCAAAGACCUCAAUAGUACAUAUAAUACUUUUUAAAAACCUGUAUACAGUUAGUGAUGAUCAUUGAGGU